CUUUGUAACAGCUGCGGAACGAUACAGGAAUAAUAAGCUUUAGAAUAUUACGAGUUGUGGAGUAUUACGGGAAAGCUUUAGAAUGCUACGAGCUGCGGAAUGGCACGGGAAAUAUGAACUCUAGAAUAUUACGAGCUUUGGAGCGCUACGGGAGAGAUGAGCCUGGAGUGAUACGAGCUUUGGAGCGUUACGGGAGAGUGAUGACUGUGGAGAUAUACGCUCACUUCCAGGUAUAUGUAAAGUUGUUUUUAUCGCAACACAGAGUGGGUGAAUAACGUAAUACGAGUAAGCGAGUAGCAGGAGAGUAACUAGCGAUGCUUGGUUGAUGAAAUCUAUGCUGUUUCUGGCUUAAGACCAAGACUCAGACUGAUCCUUGAGGACGAAAGAACUCUGUGAUGGCUGCGAUCGUUUAUAUAGAGGGAUGCACGUGUAUCACGAGACUAGCAUCCUCCCA